GCCAUUUUCCCCCACAUAGAUCGACAUCCCUAAAAAAUCGCAAUCUCUCAGCAGACAUCAUAUUAUCACCUCCUACUAGCCGGAGCCGGAAAAAAACUGCGGCAAGAGAAGUGGCGGCGAUCGGAGACUGCGCGGUGGACGGCGAGGGCAACAGCAUCUGGUUGAGAUUGUUUAUUUUUUAUUUCUUUAUAGUUUUUGUGGUGGCGGCGGCGCUGCGAUAGCAUUUCCGGCAAGCAGAGCGGGGGGAUAGAACUGUGGAUCUGGUUGAAUUUGACUCUCGUUUCCAUUGGCGUUGUUUGGAACAACUUAUAGCGACUUAUUCUGCAAUCGUUGAUGGUCAGGGAACUGCGCCUGCUCCAUAAAUUUGUGAAUUUCUAGAAUCGUUCUGCGAGGCCACUAGGUUAUUAAAAGUACGAGCAGUGGCAAACAUAGCCUGCAAUUUUGACUGUGAUCUAAGUGUGUUUGUCUUUCCCAUUCAGAAAUCGACCAAAUUCUGAUCCGUGGAAGAAUGGCUGGAGAAAACGUCGACGUUGGAAGAGAUGAUAUGUUGAUUGAUGGGGAGCCAGAGAACAAGCCGAAGAACGAAAUUCUUGAUGGAUUCAACGUUAAUUACCUCAAAAUUUACUACGGAAAGCUCUUUCCAUUCAAGGACGUGCAUAAAUGGAUGUCUUAUGGAAAUGAUGGAAAACAUCCUGGAUGUGAUCAGUCUUACUUUGGGCGACGAGAAUUCUCCUUCACAUUGGAUAAUGACAUCUAUUUGCGGUUUCAAUCUUUCAACAAUGUUGCUGAACUAGGAAAUGCUAUCAAGGAGAAAUGCCCGGUGAAAAUUGAUAUUGGUCCUGUUUAUAGUGUGGAUCCUGCAAAGAGGCAUGCCUACGGACAAUCCGGUGAUAAUGUUUUCACACCUGUAGAGAGGGAGCUGAUAUUUGAUAUUGAUAUAUCAGAUUACGACGACGUUAGAUUCUGCUGCACAGGAGCAGAAGUUUGCUCUGAAUGCUGGCCAUUGAUGACUGUAGCUAUUAAAGUAAUCGAUACUGCACUUAGAGAUGACUUUGGAUUCAACCACCUUUUAUGGGUAUACAGUGGCCGGAGAGGCGUCCAUUGUUGGGUUUGUGAUGGAAAAGCAAGAAGGUUGAACAAUGAACAGAGGGCUGCAAUUGCUGAAUAUUUACAUGUUCACAAGGGAAAUGAAAAUAGCCUGAAAAAGGUCACUUUACCCGGUCAUUCACUUCAUCCUUUCCUCGGGAGAUCGUAUACCGAAGUUCUUAAAGGGUUCUUUGAGGAGAAGUUUAUGUCUACUCAAAACUUAUUUACAUAUGAGCAGCGAUACGAAAAGAUACUGGAAAUGGUUCCGGAUGAAUCUAUUGCAUCCGAGCUUCGAGGGAAGUGGCAGGACAGCAGCAACAAGCGUAGUGCACGAGAUGAUGUUAAUGUUGUUCGAUGGGGGCAUCUUAAAAGUCUGCUGCAAUCCGGAAAACAGAAGGGUAUCCGGAGGGGCGUCGAAGAGAUUGUGUUCACGUUCACAUAUCCUAGACUCGAUAUGGAGGUUUCGAAACACAUGAAUCACUUGCUAAAGGCACCCUUCUGUGUACACCCAAAAACAGGUCGAGUUUGUGUCCCCAUCGAUCCACAGCAUUGCGAAGACUUCGAUCCUUCGGAUGUACCAACGCUAUCGGGGCUCCUGGAUGAACUUAACAACACCAGAACUGAUCCCGACGACGAUGUCGACGAGAAAGUAUUGAACAAGACAUCACUGGGAAAAUCAAUAAGAUUCUUCAGAUCAUCCUUCUUGGGGCCAUUGCUCAAAUCCUGCAAGGAAGAAAUGGAGAAGUCAUACAGUGCAAAACUGGAGCAGACAAAGAACUCCAUAAACUGGUAGUAGGCUCUCACUUCCACUAAGCAGUAAGCUGCUACCUGCUUCUUUAAGCACUUUUUAUUUUCAAAAUCUAUGUAUGUAUAUAUAUAGAUAGAUAGCCAUGUUCUUGUUGAUCUUAUCCAUUUACUUUGACUCUGUUUUUUUAUUAGCAGGAGAGGUCACUCUACCAAUUAUAUGUAGGUCAUUAUUAUUAUUAUUAUUAUUAUUAUUAUUAUUA